AUGGACGACAAGGCUGGCGUUGCUGUCGCACUCAUGAAAUACGAUGCCGAAAACCCUACCAAGCCUCAAUACGACCGCAUUAUCUUAGUCCUUACGGGCGCCGAAGACCGCAGCAAAAUGGGCCUUGCGAUGUCUGAGUAUCUAACCCGCGCCGAGAAGCAACGGCCUUCUUUACCUGCUGGAACCAAUGUUCUCGGUCAGGCCGCGCCCCAUGAAAACUGGUACAAGAAUCUUCGACCGGCCAAGGAGCUCCCUGUGGCAACUGGAGAGGUUUUGACAGCAGAAGUCGCGAAAGUUGGCAGAGAUACUUCCAUCGAUAUCUUUCAAGUCGCACCCUGCGAAGACAAUGACAUUUGGGAACUCGUCGAUGCGUUGCCUAACAUCAACAUCUACCAUCUCUUCUUUGGUUACAACUCGCAACAGGGAAUCGCCACUGACGACAUGAGCCAAGAGGACAGACUAGUUCUAUCGCAGAGCAAAGUUCAGCUUCAAAAAACUCUCCAGGCACGCCUCAGCGUCAACCAUCCCGGCGCUCGGGUGAUAUUUACCCAAAAUGACCCAUCUUUUGCCAACGCCGGAGCCGGCUCUCAGGAUCUGUUAUGGUGCAAAAAGUUUUUCCCGGAAGAGGAUAUCUUGAUGGCGUUGAGAGAUCCUUUCUGGACUGGCCUCAUUACACUGGCCAACAAGUAUGCCAACGAAGCAACGAGACUACAACAAAUACCCGCUUCGCCUGACGAAUUCAUGACUCAAGUUGUGGCUGCUCGAUUGAAGGAUACGCCUCUACGAGGUCAAAUCUUAGACAUGGUCAAGGAUGCUGUUUUGAACCAACAGUUUGCACAGGACUCACCAAGAUCGUACUCCCCUGUCCAGUAUAUAUUAGUCGAAGAGUUCACCGGGACACCGACGCCAACUCUAGAGCUGGGAGGAGCGAACCACAUGGCGAUCGUCAUGCAGUAUCUUGAUAACGAGAACAAGGACCAAGAUACUUAUGCAAUGAGACUUCUACCAGCCUUGUGCGACAUAAGCGAGGAGAACCCGACUCAACCUCCCCGUGUCUCGGCAGGAGCUCCAGCUGCUCAAAGUCCAGAUGGAUGGGUACUUGCCGGGUGCAACAUCCAAGAGACGAGAAGCUACAUAGAGGGGCUGUUUGAGAACAAAGGACCAUGA